UCCACCGAAUUGAACAUGUGUACUCCAAAGGGUUGCACAUAAAUCAUAUUGCAGAAUGAAACUAGUUUUGCAAUGCUACAAAUGCAAUUGUAAACGGAGGCAUCACUGACAGUUUAGAUUCUGAGUAGCUUUGGACGUCCAGCCUCUGUGCAAGCUAAAACCUAGCCAGGUUGUUCAAGAUUAAAAACGGUUUGAGUGAGUAUUUAUCCCAUUCUUUUUGUGUGCAUUUUUCUUUCAGAUCAAUGUGCAUAUUGGAACAUGGACUAGCCAGUGACCAGGAAGUGAGCAGGAAAGCAGGGAAUAUUCUUGAGAAAAUGGAGGGAAUUGUUGUUACUAGUAUACAGCAAGCAAUGAUUGGAUUGGAUGCUGACGAUGAAACGAACCGCUCCUCCUAAUACAUGAUUUGUUUAGCUAAUGAUCAGAGCGAAGCUGUAACAGUAUCAUCUGAUUUCUGCUCAGCUCAGCCACCUACCUGAACCUGAAUAUACUAGUGCUGUGCUGGGAAUGGCAAGGUCUUAUGUAAUAUUUUGUCAGAAGUAAGUAACCUGUUACUAAUCUGGUCUCUGCCUCAGGUAAGUACUGCUUAAACUUUUGACCUUGUCAGUGUCAGAUGACAUAAUGGCAGGAAAUCCCCCUCUUAAAAAUCAUGGAGAGGUUGAUCUUCACAUGCUUAGUACCCUGUCCAGAUGGUCAGAGAGAUACAUAUAUAGUUUCAUACAAAUGAUGCUACAAACCAUGUGCAGGCAUGCAUGGAUGACAGGCGGGAUGCGGUGGUGCUCCGGCUGGCAGGAGGAAAGCUGCUUUGCGAUUGGUGCAGGGACAGAUGUGGCUAAUCUGUUUAUCUCUAUCAAGAGAACACAACUACUACUUGCCACUGAAGAGUGGCUGCUUGCAGGCUUGGCUUGCAGCUGGGGAGAGAGCAUGAGCAGCGGCGGCGUCGGCGGCGGGAGCUUGGGCGCCGGCUUGCUGUACCACAAGUUCGUCAGCUUCGCGCUGGAGGAGACCCGACUCCGGACCACCCUCACCCCUCACCCCUCCCAGGAAAAGUUCAAGUCUAUAAAACCCAAUGAUGAUAAUACAGUUUUCAAUGCUCUCUCAUUCAGUGCACCGAAAAUUAGAUUGCUUCGCAGCUUGACAAUCGAGAAGAAAAACUCAUAUCAGGUUCUUGACUUUGCCGCUUUCUCUGAACCUGAAUACGAUCUUCCUAUAUUUUGCGCCAACGUUUUUACAACUCAUGCACAAAGUAUUGUUGUAUUGGACCUCAAUCCUCUAUAUGAUACUACAGUGCACAAGGAUUACAAAGAUAAGUACUAUAGGAGUAUAAUGCCUCUUGUACACAAGUAUAACGAGCUUCUUCCUUGGGGUGGCAAGAUUACGAGUGAGUCAUUGAAGUUCUUCUCUCCAAUUGUGAUCUGGACAAUAUUUGAGUCAACUGAACACAACCACCAUGUUCUACAUUCAGCUUUCGUGGAUUAUUAUAAGGUCUGGCUUGAAUUAAUGGACCAAGCAAUUAAAGAAAAUAACAAAGCAACAAUUGCUCGUAACCAAGAAGAACAACAUAAAUAUCUCACAUGGAGGGCUGAGAAGGAUCCUGGCUAUCCCCUUUUGAAGAAGUUAAUUGGUGAAAGUCGUGCCGAGGAUCUGGUGAUGGAGUUUCUGUUUGAAGGAGUAAAUACUCUUGGAACAAAAUCAUUUCUGGAUUAUUUCCCUGAAUACGCCCGUGAUGAUGGGUCAGUGAACAAGAAAAGGAGUAUGAUCGGCAAGUCUUUUGAAACUAGGCCUUGGGACGCCAAUGGAGAAUUCAUUGGCGAUGCCGAAGCACAGUAAAAUGUUCGCUACGCCUUUCGGCCUGAUCAAUCUCUCUUAUGCUUGUAGUACUGUUUUCUUUUUUUUUAGAAAACUUACAUUUUUCAUGCUCAUAUCCCUGAACUUGGAUUGAAUAAGAAGAGAUUGGUGAAUCUGAGUCA